UCCCGCCUCUUAUAGCUUCGAGAGGCGCCACCCGCUGCUCUGAGCUGAGCCGCAGCUGCGCGUGACCCCGGCCGCCUCGCCUCCCAAGCGCUUCCCAGCAGGUAUGGAAAAGACUUCUACAGGUGCAUUUCCUUCUACUAUGAAUUCUUCAGAAAAGCAAGAGACUGUAUGUAUUUUUGGAACUGGAGAUUUUGGAAGAUCACUGGCACUCAGAAUGCUCCAGUGUGAUUAUUCUAUUGUUUUUGGAAGUAGAAACCCACAGAAGUCCAGUUUGCUGCCCAACGGUGCAGCGGUCCUGAGCUACUUAGAAGCAGCCCAGAAAUCAGACAUCAUAAUCUUAGCAGUCCACAGAGAGCAUUAUGAUUUUCUCAAAGAACUAACUGAGGUGCUCAAAGGAAAAAUAUUGGUCGACAUCAGCAACAACCUCAAAAUUGAUCAGUAUCCGGAAUCCAAUGCAGAGUACCUCGCUCAGUUGCUGCCAGGAGCCCACGUAGUAAAAGCAUUUAAUACCAUCUCAGCCUGGGCUCUCCAGUCUGGAGCACUGGAUGCAAAUCGGCAGGUGUUUGUCUGUGGAAACGACAGCAAAGCCAAGCAAAGAGUGAUAGAUGUUGUUCGUACUCUUGGACUUACUCCACUGGAUCAAGGAUCUCUCCUGGCAGCCAAAGAAAUUGAAAACUACCCCCUGCAACUAUUUCCAAUGUGGAAGCUCCCCUUCUAUUUGUCUGCUAUUCUGUGUGUCUUCUUCUUUUGCUACUGCGUUAUAAGAGACGUACUCUACCCUUACGCUAAUGGCAAUCAAGACAGCACAUUUCGCUUGGCUAUUUCCAUUCCAAAUCGGAUCUUUCCGAUAGCAGCACUUACAUUGCUUGCCUUGGUUUACCUCCCUGGUGUUAUUGCUGCCAUUCUGCAACUGUACCGAGGGACAAAAUACCGCCGAUUCCCAGACUGGCUUGACCAGUGGAUGCUCUGCAGAAAGCAGCUUGGCUUGGUGGCACUGGGAUUUGCCUUCCUUCAUGUCCUCUACACACUUGUGAUUCCUAUUCGUUAUUAUGUACGAUGGACCCUGAAAAACAGAACCAUUACCCAGGCACUAGCCAAGACAGACGAUCCAUUUAGCACCACUACUGCCUGGCUUAAUGAUUCGUACAUAGCUUUGGGAAUCCUUGGAUUUUUCCUGUUUGUCCUCUUGGGAAUCACUUCCUUGCCAUCAGUUAGCAACAUGGUCAACUGGAGAGAAUUCCGAUUUGUCCAGUCCAAACUGGGUUAUCUGACCCUGAUCUUAUGCACAGCCCACACCAUGGUGUACGGCGGGAAGAAAUUCCUCAGUCCUUCGAGUCUUAGAUGGUAUCUUCCUUCUGCCUACGUGAUAGCACUCAUCAUUCCCUGCACCGUGCUGGUGAUCAAGUUCAUCCUCAUCCUGCCGUGUAUAGAUAAGACCCUCACACGAAUUCGCCAGGGCUGGGAGAGGACCUCAAAACCAACAUCAAAUGGACAAUAUUUAAAGCAAAAUUCAAUUUGCAUGGACUCUCAGCUCUAGUAUUGUAUAUUUAGAGAAGACUAUGUAAUGGGCACAGUUAAGAAAGCAUUUUUCUCCCACGAUUGUUUGAAGUUUGUUAACAGAGAAGGAACUAUUACCUGACUUUGAAAAAUUGACAGACAGGACUAGAACACCAUUUAAUCUGGAGGUUAGUGAUGAAUCUAUGUAGGUCUCUGCCUCUCUUCUUCCUAGAGGCAGUGGGCUGAGGUAACAGUGAGCUUUAUGGUUUCACACUAAAGUGUUUUUUUUUGUUUUGUUUUGUUUUGUUUUUUUAACAUGCAUGACCUAAUGUCUUGCAAAAUCCAGGACAAAUAUAUGCAACUUCCUUCUCUGGUUCAAGGGCUGAGUGCAAUGAAAAGGAAAACAGUAAGAUGGUGGCCACUGAUAAAGGCUUUCUGAGACAUGUCUGAAAAAAAAAAAAGGGGGUCAAAUGAAGUAAAAGGAAUGAGAAUCUUUCUUACUGUUCUUUCUAAGUGAAGGUGAUCCUAAGUAUUGCCAUAGUGAAUUCUAUAGUGAAAAGUGCUCUUCAAUUUUGCUUUUGCCAACCCGGAUGGGUGCUGUGGAGAACUAUUUCACAACACAACAAAAAUAUCACCAUUGAUGGAAAGAAACCAUGGGCUGAAUACAUGCAAAUCUAUUACUGUUGUUAAAAGAUUCUUCCUCUACAAGGAAUAGGUGUAGGAAAGAUUGAAUUCAAACGGAGAGAUAGCCACUUUUCGUUUUUCAAUGUACAAUAAGCAAAAUAAAAGCCCUUGCACAGAAAGUUGAAAUAAGCCAGAAUUUUAGACAGCAAGCUAAAUAAACUUUAUAAAGUUGCACUCUACUAGGUUUUGUAUGAUUUCAGUAUUGAAAAUGCUUUUUGAAUAGCAUAUUCCAAAUAUAUUGUUCAGUACUAAUCAUCUAUGAAAUGGAUUUCUAGCAUUAAAAAAGUAGCUGCUGUAAUUUUUCAAGGCUUAUUAUAGUUUUAAGCAGUGAAACUAAGUGAAUAAUGAAAGAAUAAGUUUGACCCAGGCAUAGAUGAGAGAAUUAUGUAAAAUCUUAGAGUAGAAAGGUGUGAACAGUAGCUGAAAUAUGAGACUUGGUUCUUUCUCCAACCUUUGCUGGAAUGCAGGGUGGUUUUCUCUGUUUUUCCUGUGCUGACUAUGCCAUUUCCAAGAUGAUCUUCAGCAGGAUUAGCCUUCCUGGCUCAUGCAUGGAGGUGGAAGAGCCUCAAGCACCCUCUUCCCACAAACUGAAAUAACCAAAAGCCUUUGGGAUUGACAUUUUUCUGCCUGCUCUAUAAAGGCCAUCUAUUUUUCUUUUUUCUUUUUUUUUCAAUUUUUAUUAUCAUAUAUGCUACGUGAUGCAAAAUGAUUAAAACACAUGAAAACAUCACCCACCACCCAGGCUAUUUCUCUACAAAACUUUUUGAUAAUAGUUUCAUCUACACUAUGUAUUCAAUUUUACAUCCUUCCUUUUUCACUUAAUAUAUCAGUGGUUUUGUUCUCUUACAUGGUAUGCAUGUAUUAUUAGUGGCUGCAAUAUAUUACAUCAAAUGGGCAUUUAUUUAACCCCUGCACUAAUUAAACAUGUAGGUUAUAUCUAUCUUUUUUUACUAAAACAAAUAACAUUUCAGAGAAUAUCUUAGCACUUAUUAAUUUUCCAUAUUUUAAAUUAUUUCCUUAGAAUACUUGCAAAGAACUGGGAUUACAAAAUUAAGAAACUCUUAAUCACACUUGAUAUAUAUUGCCAAAUUAUUCCUAAACUGACCUCGUCGAUUUCAUUGCCAUUGGAUGAGGGUGUUGGUUUCAUCAUACCUUUUACAGAUUUUGGUUUUUAUAUCAGUUUGUGUUCACUGAGAAGGAACACAGAACACAUGCUCCAUUAAUUUAUCCCUGAUCCACCUAAGCAAGCUUACAAAAAACCUGGAAAACCGUGAGCAGAGCUGGGUUAUAUGGUGUUAUAUGAGGGGGGAAAGACAGGGAAAACAUUACUACUCAUCCAUUCUAUUUUGUGCAAAAUGGCCAAGUCUUCCAGGGUUGGAGCCUGCUUGUUGUCUAGAGAAUGGUUGCUUCAAAAUUAAAUACUACCCAGGUUGAAGUAAAGAAAGCCUCUGUGGUUAACCAUGCUCUUUGGUGAUGAGUUUUUACUGGGCCAUAGUUCAUCAUUAAAAUAGAAAAUGCCACACUUAGGUUAAAAAAAAAAAAUCCUACCUAAAGUAAAACUCUACUUUUAUAACCCUAGUAAAAAUGUUCUGCCUGGGUAGUUUAUAAAAGCCAUCAAACGUUCUUCAAUGGAAGUUGAAGAAUGCCUCCAGUGGUUUUAGUGUAACAAGGCCUUGGCAACCCUGACCUCAGCCUCAACCACAAGGGCUCCAAGCCCCACCAGUAGACCAGAGAAGCCAAUUUCCUCCCCUUAUCCCUCUCAAGCUCCUUCCUCGUCAAACCAUCAAACCAACUUGAUCCUCCUAACACAGCAGACUCCUCCCUUUUACCUAGGGUUGAAAAGAAAGAGUUUGGAACAGAUGGGGGUAGUGAACUUCCUUUUAACAGGACCAACCUGUUCUCUAUUAAAAAAUAAAAAAAUAAUAAAAAACUUAGAUUAAACUGCACUGUAUUCUAGGAAAAUUUUUAAGCUCACAAAACUUUUAUUUUUGUAUGUUCUCCCCAUGGUAAAUGAUGACUGCUUUUGUCAAUUUGUACUCAUUAAAUAUUAUUUUAAAAAUA